CCUUGUAAAACAAAGCCGGGAAGAUGCCUGCCCGUGCAGCUCGGAGCGCGCAGCCCGUCUCUGAAUAAGAAGUGAGUACAAUGGCGUGUUUGUGAAAGGUUCGAGUCCGUCUCUUUCAAAAACAUUUCGAAUGCUGCAUGCCUCAUGCUUCCCAGCGCCUCGCCGGAGAGAGCCGGCUCUAGAGCAGGAGUGGCGGCACCUGACUUGCUGGAUCCAAAAUCUGCCGCUCAGAACUCCAAACCGAGGCUCUCGUUUUCCACGAAACCCGCCGUGCUUGCUUCUCGGGUGGAGAGCGACGCGACCAUUAAUGUUAUGAAAUGGAAGACGGUCUCCACGAUUUUCCUGGUGGUCGUGCUCUAUCUGAUCAUCGGAGCCACCGUGUUCAAAGCGCUGGAGCAGCCUCAUGAGAUUUCACAGAGGACCACCAUUGUGAUCCAGAAGCAAACCUUCAUUUCCCAGCACUCUUGUGUCAACUCGACUGAGCUGGACGAACUCAUCCAGCAAAUAGUGGCAGCAAUAAAUGCAGGGAUUAUACCGUUAGGAAACACCUCCAAUCAAAUCAGUCACUGGGACUUGGGAAGUUCCUUCUUCUUUGCUGGCACUGUUAUUACCACCAUAGGGUUUGGAAACAUCUCACCACGCACAGAAGGGGGAAAAAUAUUCUGUAUCAUCUAUGCCUUACUGGGAAUUCCCCUCUUUGGUUUUUUGUUGGCUGGAGUUGGAGACCAACUAGGGACCAUAUUUGGAAAAGGAAUUGCAAAAGUGGAAGAUACAUUUAUUAAGUGGAAUGUCAGUCAGACCAAGAUUCGCAUCAUCUCAACCAUCAUCUUUAUACUGUUCGGCUGCGUGCUCUUCGUGGCUCUGCCUGCGAUCAUAUUCAAGCACAUAGAAGGCUGGAGUGCCCUGGAUGCCAUUUACUUCGUGGUCAUCACUCUGACAACCAUCGGAUUUGGUGACUACGUGGCAGGUGGAUCAGAUAUUGAAUAUCUAGACUUCUACAAGCCGGUGGUGUGGUUUUGGAUCCUUGUAGGGCUGGCUUACUUUGCUGCGGUCCUGAGCAUGAUUGGAGACUGGCUCCGGGUGAUAUCGAAAAAGACCAAGGAAGAGGUGGGUGAGUUCCGAGCCCACGCUGCUGAGUGGACAGCCAACGUCACGGCCGAGUUCAAGGAAACCAGGCGGCGGCUGAGUGUGGAGAUCUAUGACAAGUUCCAACGUGCCACCUCCAUUAAGCGGAAGCUCUCCGCAGAACUGGCUGGGAACCACAACCAGGAGCUGACCCCUUGCAGGAGGACCCUGUCUGUGAACCACCUCGCCAGCGAGAGGGAUGUCUUGCCUCCCUUACUGAAAACUGAAAGUAUCUAUUUGAACGGAUUGACGCCACACUGUGCAGGGGAGGAAAUUGCUGUUAUUGAAAAUAUGAAAUAGCCCUCUCUUUGAAGAGCCUUAGGCUAGCCAUAGGUGAGGACUUCUAUAUAUGCUCUUUAAGACUGUUGCUGGUAGCAUUUUUUAAAUUGUGCAUGAACUCCAAAGGGGGGGGACAUAGAUACACCCAUCACGGUCACCUACCGCCAGGAUAAUUUGGCAUUCUGAGCCAGCACUGUUUUUCGAUACGCUUGUUGAACGGUCCACUUUCUUUGACCGGUGGAAUAAAACAAGCAAUGUCUGAUGCCUUUCGGUGCCCAGACUGUUUUUCUCCCUUUUUUCCUAACGUGCCAUAGGCUUCAGAACGAAUUAGAAUGGUUUCUGGUCAUCAUGUAGCUUCGAGGGAUCAGUCCUUGUUUUCAGGAUCUACCUAACUGAGCCUAGAUAUGGACCACUUCUGGAUGACAACAUUUCUUUUUGUAAAUGGCAAGAAAUUCUCAUGCAGCCUUUUACCUAAGAAAUUUUCUGUCAGUGCCUUAUCUUAGGAAGAAACAGAACCUCUCUAGCUAAUGUUGGUUUCUCCUUCCCUGCCCACCCCUAGGCUCACCGCAGUCCUUAUCCCACGACUCCCAUUUGAAAUCCAUACCUUGCUGGAAACUGUAAAAUGACUGAAGUGGUGAUGCUCAAAGAAGGAGUAGAUGCCAAAUUAGAUGGACAUCGAAGCAACACCCAGAAACCCUAGCGUAAAAGGCACUCCAGAGAAACGAGGUGCACAGAUGGCCCCUCGGAGUAUUUAUUUGUCUCAGGUACCAACGGUACAUAUAGACAGUGUGAUUCU